AUGAGUUCAGUGAGUCAAGGUAAAAAUGAAAAAAUGCUAGCAUCACACGAAUCCGCACUUACUCCUACAUUGAAAUGGAGGAAGAAUCAAUUUACAUGUAACAAUUCUAACACUACAACGACUGCCACUAAUAUAUUGACCCCCAGAAAUGAUGUAUCAUAUGCUACAUUUUUAUCUUAUCCUCAUCAAUCUGGUUUAAUGGCACAGUCAACUACUUCACCUCAAUAUAUGUUACCAAAUGAUUGUAUUAUUAAAUCCCUAAAUGAUAAUAGUAAUGAUUUAAAAGAAAUUAAUUCUAUCCCUUUGUCAAAUAUAAAAAUGGUAUUGACUGAACGAAAGAAAUCAUCGUAUCCUGAUUUAUUCAUGCUAAAAACUAAUCAAAAUGUUACAACAAAUCACAUUCUACUCGAUCAUCUCGUACAUCAUCAACACGUCUCCGGCCUGAUAAUAGUUGACCCCCAAAUGCCCUGUUCCUCAUCUUUAUCUUCUAAACUAAAUCGUACUCAUGAUCCACCAUCAGUCGUUAUUUCUCAAAUUUUUAAUCCAUCUGUAUUCUCAUCAAAGUCUGUUCAUAGUUCAUUAUCGUCUAAUAAUAAUUAA